CCCGACCACAACAUCCUAGGCCCUUGUCAACAAUGAGUCUUUUCUCCCCAUGCCGAUCAAACGCGACAACCCCACGGGACGACUUCUCCCGGACAUAUACAAGGACUCCCACCAAGUCCAUAUUUUCACUGCCUUUGCCGCCAUCGCCUGCUACAAUGCCGUCGAACUCAUGAUCCUCUGUUUGUCGGCAUUUAAGCGCCGAGGGAGCACUUACUUCUGGUCCCUCCUCAUCGCCUCGAUAAGCAUCCUCCCGCAAUGCAUCGGCUAUGUGCUACCCUUUUCCCGGCCGGAAAUCUCCCCCUACGGCUCCGCCACCUUAAUCCUGGUCGGCUGGUGCGGGAUGAUAACCGGGCACUCGCUCGUUCUUUGGUCCCGCCUCCACCUCGUUCUUCAAGACCCCCGGGUCCUUCGCUACCUCCUCCGUUUAAUCAUCCUGGACGACAUUCUGCUUCAAAUUCCCAUCACGGUCCUGUUGUAUGGAACUGUUUCCUCUCAAUGGGAAUUAUUCAACAACGGGUACAACAUCAUGGAGCGGAUCCAGCUUGUCGGCUUCUGUCUCCAGGAGGCUCUGCUGUCCGGAAUAUACGUGUGGGAGGCGGCAAAACUGUUACAACUCCGUCCUGAAGGUCGGCAUCGUCGUAUCCUAGCCCAGUUGAUGUUGAUUAAUAUCACGAUUUUGAUGCUUGACUUCGCGGUUGUGGCUAUUCAGUAUGCGGGGUAUUACGCUGUGCAGGUCAUGUUCAAGCCUGUGGCUUAUAGUAUCAAGCUGAAGCUGGAGUAUGCUAUCUUGGGUCGCUUGGUGAAGGUUGUGAAGGCGGCCAAUGCUCAACAUCCGUCGACUACGCAGGGCUUUGAUAUGCACUUUGAUAUGCUGCCUUCGGCAGAUGGAGUGAGGCAAACGGAGGGGGGACCUGUGGAUGGUCAUAGGGCUGGUGUACACUCACAGAAAUGGUAUGUGAGGAGUAGUGGUUCAUGA